AUGUCGCAACAGAAAAUAUGUUUUCUACACGAUAAUUCCCCGGACUCCCUUCUGAACUUGAGUCUGGAAUACAUCAUAGCAAACUUAGAUCUUUACACAGAAUCAGAUGUGAGGAAGGAUUGUUGGAGAUUGAAAGGUGAUAUAAUAUUACCAGCAGAGAUAUGUGAAAGAUUCCUUGAGGUGUACCAAAGGAAGAAUGUUGUUAACGAUCACGUCGCCAGCUUGUUCCGUAACCGAAAUUGCACUCGUUUGGAGCAUGUGCGACUCAAGAACUCAAGGGUGACUUUGGAUGGCAUUCGGUAUUUGCUGGAACACAAGCCUUACGAUAUAGAACUGGUCAAAUGUGAAUACUUGUCCCAAGCUUGGCUGGAAUUAAUCAGUCACAAUAGCGAGAAUCUGGUGUCCCUGAAGUUUGGUCCACUCAAAUAUGUUGUUUCUCAAAAAGAGAUUCUCUUACGGCAGCGCUGCUUCGUCAUCAGUGCGCCUAAUCUGCGGAGGCUCACCAUCCAGUGCAGGGGGAGUGGGAUAUCACCCAUACUGCUCUCAAGACCAUUGCGCCACCUCACACAUCUAGAUUUAUCUGAUUUCACCACUGCGGGCUCAACCUGGGCCAUAUAUGAGUUGAAAAAUUUACGAUCCCUAGUGCUCCACAGUGUAUUGUGGUCAAUGGAAAUAGUAGAGUGGAUAUCAGGAUUGCGCUUACUCCGGCACCUUGAUAUCUCGCAGGCCAAUGAACGACUUGGAAAGUACUCCAACCCAAAUCAAGUACUGGCUAAAUUGGUGACAAAUUUGACUGAACUAGAAUAUUUGGACAUAUCUGGUACAAAUUUAGCAGGGACAGGAUCUAUUGUUGUUGGCCACAUUGAACCAGGAUCUUCUGAUCAGGAAGCUGCUAAUGUCCGUUGCGAUAUACCAGGGCUUAUCACCCGUGUGAACAGACCGCUGGAGUUUCUUGGCUUAUAUGGAACCCACCAUGGUGCUUGCAAGAGGCAUGACAUCCCAGCGAAAGUGAUUACUGGAGAUGCAAAUGAAGAACAAAUCCUCACCGCGGGUGUGGUUUAUAUGGAGCGUCCUGGCAUGCUGACACGGGUCCUCAACGACUUGUACUAUAUGUUCCGCAGCACAGAAAAAUACAACAACUACGUAGGACGCACUUUGUCUGUUGUGCUUAACGCGAUGGAACAGCAUGUUUCCGAAAAGCACAUCCAAAUUUCUGGCAGUGCCAUACUCUUCUACAUAGUGAAAGGUAAAGAGAAGACGCGCAUUGGUAUAAAGUUGAAGAAACGUAUCAUUACCACGCUGUUAGAUGGCAUGGAGGCUCAUCUCGGAGACGACACUUUAAUGCGAAACGGUUGCUUGACACUCUGCCAAUUCAAGAUACCUGUGGAUGUGCUCUUCGAAUACGAACGCGUAGUGCAGAUAUUGCUAAGUGGCGUGGCAGACGUGAAUCAGGAGGGUUUUGUGCAGCGCAUUGCUAUUUAUCUCCUGAACUCCUUGGCUUGUCAGGUGGACGGAAACCAGAAGCGUUUCCUUGGAAACCACGGGGCUAUUGGGAAAAUGUUGAACCUGAUAUCGGAUCGGCUUGAGAGGCGCGUAUGUGACGACGUGCUGGAAGUUGCUUGGUCUACCAUGUGGAACGUUACCGACGAGACGCCACAAAACUGCCAGCGCUUCCUGGACAAUCGAGGCAUGGAGUACUUCUUAGAUUGCCUCAAGAAUUUCCCGGACAAAGAGGAAUUGCUGCGUAACAUGAUGGGCCUGCUCGGGAAUGUGGCUGAGGUGGUUGAACUCCGGCCGCAGCUCAUGAACAAACUGUUCCUCACAGUCUUCUUCGAGCUUCUGGACUCUUCUAGCGACGGCAUUGAGGUGAGCUACAAUGCAGCGGGUGUACUGGCCCACAUGUUAUCCGACGGCCCCGACGCCUGGACCGUGGAUGAGCCGUCCCGUAUUGCUGUCCUCGAUCGCUUAGCCGCAGCAGUAGAGAGAUGGGACCGCAACGCUGAGAGGAACAUCAACUACCGUUCUUUCGAGCCGAUACUGACGCUUUUGCACAUUUACCACACGCCCCAGUGCCAGCAUUGGGCCGUUUGGGCGCUGGCCAACCUCACCACCGUCUACCCUGAGAAAUACUGCAGCUUGAUCGAGGCAGAGGGUGGCUUACAAUUGCUACAUGACGUACUGCGACACCCCGCACCGUACCCCUUGAUAAAGGACCUGGCAUUGAUCGUCAUCAACAACUGCAGCAACUUCUGGGACGACCCCGAGGUGCAAGAAAAUUAUUAGCAGGAAGACUACUUCGAGCCUCUGUAUCCCCUGGAUGAUAUGUAAAUGAUUAUUCGGUGACGGGUGCAGCGCUUGAAGUGAUGAAUUAGCAUGAUGUGAUGGACACUUUUUCUUCAACCCAAUCGGGUACUUCGUUAUUAGUAGUCAAGUAUAGACCGCGAUACGUCGACAUGGCAAUAUGAACGAGAAUACCCAAAACGUUGUUGCUUUCAACAACGUACGCGAGAUUUACAAUCGUUAAAAACGCGUCCAAAGUGAUUACUAUUUUCUACCUUCCUUCAUUUAUUCGAUUGCGUGAAGUUUAACAUCGAUUAAUAUGGAGGAGCGCCAUCUGUUGACAGCACAGUUUCCCAGUACUGUAACUAGAUGUCGCUUCUUCGUUACCAUAUAAAUCGUAAUUAAAUUUCACGCGAUCGAUUAAGUGAACGUUGGUAGAUAAUCUCAAACUCGGCACUCAGAACUAAGACUAAAACGUGUUAAGCAAUUCGCAAUCUAUUCUUCUUCACCUCAAACUUCAUGUCUACUUUCGCGGACUUUAAAUAACUUAACACGUUGUGCGUGAGUGUUAUUUACUUUGCUUAAUACUGGAGUGAAUUAUGAAGGGAUAACUUGAGCUUGAAGAUACAGGAAAUACCGUGACGCCAACCCUCUAUCCCAAUCUAAUAUAACCUAACUGGUAAAUGUUAUGGUAUGGUCGGUUAUUCGUGUUAAGAAUUAUUCAAUAAUAUAAAUUGAUGUUUUAAAUGUGAAAAAUAAACAAAAAAUCACAAAAAAAUUAAAUAUUAGUGUCAUUAUAAUCUUCUCUAAAUUAAAUUGUAUUAAAUAUAAAUUUUGCCUAAGAGUUAAUAUAUUAUUUAGAGUUAGAGAAAAAUUAUUGAUACCAAUUCGUUGUACACUAAUUCUUAACUGAGCUGAAAAGAGUGUAGCAUUUUAAAGCGGUCACGUAUUGAAAGCGACAGAACCGUACUCAAUAAUUCGAUUUGCUUGCUUAUUUUGUAUAGAAAUAAUAUUCGAUUCCUUACAUUUUUGUACAUAAUAUUCUAUUAAUUACCACUUUACUUUUUUUUUUAAUACUCUUUAGGAUUCAAUUUCUGGUGAUUACUUUUUAAAAGGAAUUAAAUCCAUAUUUAUUAUCAAACUUUCAUCAGAAAUUUAACGUCAUGAACUGUCGCAUGUCUCUUAGGAAUAUAAUACAAAAUGAAGUAAAAAAAUUAGGAUUUACACUGAAA